UGAGGUGGUGGGAGAGAGAGAAGUAGAGAGAGAGAGAGAGCGAGAGAGAGACUGUUUCUCUGGUCUAGUUCAGGCAGUUCUUUUCUCUUCUCAAGGCUUCCUGGAUAUUACUGGAUGGUACUGUGUACUGCAACGCUAGCCUAGCUCUCUCAUCCUCCUCUCCUCUCAUCUUCCUCUCUGCCCUGUACGUGUGUUGGGAAGGUGCCUGUCUCAGGUGCAGACAUGGCCACCUCUGUGCUUUCCAGGAUUAUUCUAUGUCUAGCUAUAUCUCUGGUUCCGGUAUUGACAGUGACCAGCCAGGAUGUCAACCUAGGGCACGAAGACAGCUGUGCCGAAAACGGCAAAGUCUACAGCAACAACGAGAUUUGGAACCCGGAGCCAUGUAAGAUCUGUGUGUGUGACCUGGGGACAAUUACCUGUGAGGACAUCCGAUGUGAAGACCUAGCCUGUAAGGAAAGCAGCACCCCUGAGGGAGAAUGUUGCCCUGUGUGUUCUGAAGCCGCAGGUACCCAGGGCCAGCAGGCUACUACCUGGGAUAAUCUGCUACCAAAGAUCAAAACAGUAGAGGAGAAGAAGGAUGAGACCUGCAGGGACAACGGGCAGGUGUACGCCCACAACGACAUGUGGACCCCAGAGCCGUGCAGGGUGUGUGUGUGUGACAGUGGAACCACCAUCUGUGAGGAGGUGCAGUGUGAGAUGGUGGGGAACUGUGAGAAGGUGACCAUCCCUGAGGGAGAGUGCUGCCCCGUGUGUGACAGCUUCUCCAGCGCUAACAGGAGGAUAGAAAUGAUGGCGUUCAAGGGUCAGAAAGGCGAACCUGGUGAUAUCCCUUACGUCGUGGGGCCAGUAGGUCAACCCGGACCAAUGGGUCCUCCCGGAGCUCAGGGGAACAGAGGAUACACUGGUUUCAAGGGCAGAAAAGGUUUACAGGGCCCAGCUGGCAUCGACGGGGAACCAGGAGUCCCAGGGAACCCUGGUGAGCCAGGAUCCCCCGGCCAGCCCUCACACCCUGGGGGUCAGCUGGUCUCUCAAAUGGCAGCAGGCUUCGGUGAGAAAUCAGCUGGGAUGAUGGGAAUGAUAUCUGGCAACAGGGGUGAGGCAGGACCAAGAGGGCCUCCUGGACAGUCCGGUCAACCAGGCUCUACAGGGGGGCAGGGGGCCCCAGGAGACGUUGGAGACCCCGGAUCCAUGGGUGGCUAUGGUUACAGAGGACCUGAGGGCCCACCAGGAAAACCAGGACUAGAUGGAGAAUCUGGCCCAACCGGAAUAGAAGGAGAUAAAGGAGCCGCUGGAUCUGCCGGUGCCAGAGGUUUCCCAGGACUGCCAGGUCACCCUGGACUGAAAGGCCUUAAGGGUCAUGCAGGUCUUCUAGGAGCGAGAGGUCAAUCUGGUGCUGCUGGGUCAAAGGGCCCAUCAGGUACUCCAGGUGGAAUGGGGCCACCUGGUCCUGCGGGUCCAGCAGGAAUGCAAGGGGAGAGAGGAAGGAGUGGGCCAACUGGACCAGUGGGGAAACGUGGUGAAUCUGGACAUAUUGGGAAAGCAGGACCACAGGGUCCUAUGGGGAUCACUGGAGCUCUAGGAUUCCCAGGUAGUCCAGGUAUAAAGGGGCAACCAGGGCCCCCAGGAGCACGAGGGACAGGGGGCCAGCAAGGACUAAGAGGGGAGGCCGGACGCGUGGGAUUGGCUGGAGCUACGGGAAUUCAGGGUCCAACAGGAACAGAGGGUGCUGCUGGAACCAAAGGGCCAUCCGGAGCUCCAGGUGUCCAGGGUCCGACUGGACUGCUUGGCCCCGCGGGGCCCCCGGACCACAGGGAACCACUGGACUGCCCGGGCCUAAGGGCCAACUGGGUGAUUUAGGCAUUCCCGGAUUCAAAGGAGAGGCUGGAUUCAAGGGAGAAUCUGGUGCACCUGGUGAACAUGGAGCGCUGGGUCCCAU